CCGGCCUCCAGCUGGGGCUGUGGAAAGGGGGGCCGAGAGGUGCGGCCCCCCACGCCCCUUCGGGGCGGGGGGCGCGGGCUCAGCGUUCCGAGGACCCAAGAAUGCCCCCCCGCCAGCCCUCCCGGCCGGCGGGGGAAGGGCUCAGCCGGGAGUUUGGCAAACUCCUCCCCGCGUUGAGUCAUUCGCCUCUGGGAGGUUUAGGAAGCGGCUCCGGGUCGGUGGCCCCAGGACAGGGAAGAGCGGGCGCUAUGGGGAGCCAAACACCAAGGUCCGCUCUCCACGCCGUGCAGCUGGGCUGGGGCCCCCGGCGCCGACCCGGGUUGCGGCCGCUGCUGCCGCUGCUACUGCCGCUGCUGCUCCUGCUGCCGCCGCCGCCCCGGGUCGGGGGCUUCAACUUAGACUCGGAGGCCCCGGCGGUGCUCUCCGGGCCCCCGGGCUCCUUCUUCGGCUUCUCAGUGGAGUUUUACCGGCCGGGGGCGGAAGGCGUCAGCGUGCUGGUGGGAGCGCCCAAGGCCAACACCAGCCAGCCGGGAGUGCUGCAGGGUGGUGCCGUCUACCUCUGCCCCUGGAGUGCCAGCCCCUCACUCUGCACACCCAUCGAAUUUGACAGUAAAGGCUCUCGGAUCCUGGAAUCCUCCCUGUCUAGCCUAGAGGAGCCUGUGGAGUACAAGUCCUUGCAGUGGUUCGGGGCAACGGUUCGAGCCCACGGCCCCUCUAUCUUGGCCUGUGCUCCCCUGUAUAGCUGGCGCACUGAGAAGGAGCCACGGAGCGAUCCCGUGGGCACCUGCUACCUCUCCACAGACAACUUCACCCAAAUUCUGGAGUAUGCACCUUGUCGCUCAGAUUUCAGCUGGGCAGCAGGACAGGGUUAUUGCCAAGGGGGCUUCAGUGCUGAGUUCACCAAGACUGGACGUGUGGUCCUGGGUGGACCAGGGAGCUAUUUCUGGCAAGGCCAGAUCCUGUCUGCCACUCAGGACCAGAUCGCAGAAUCCUAUUACCCCGACUACCUGAUCAACCCUGUACAGGGGCAGCUGCAGACUCGCCAAGCCAGUUCCAUCUAUGACGACAGCUACCUGGGAUACUCUGUGGCUGUGGGUGAAUUCAGUGGUGACAACACAGAAGACUUUGUUGCUGGCGUGCCCAAAGGGAACCUCACCUAUGGCUAUGUCACUAUCCUUAAUGGUCAGACAUCCAGUCCCCUCUACAACUUCUCAGGGGAACAGAUGGCCUCCUAUUUUGGCUAUGCAGUGGCUGCCACGGACCUCAAUGGGGACGGGAUGCCUGACCUGUGCCGCUCCUCCCAGGCUGGAUGACUGCUGGUGGGGGCACCCCUGCUCAUGGAGCGGACAGCCGAUGGGCGAGCUCAGGAAGUGGGCAGGGUCUACGUCUACCUGCAGCACCCAGCCGGCAUGGAGCCCACACCCACCCUUACCCUCACCGGCCACGAUGAGUUUGGCCGAUUUGGCAGCUCUCUGACCCACCUGGGAGAACUGGACCAGGAUGGCUACAAUGAUGUGGCCGUUGGGGCCCCCUUUGGCGGGGAGACCCAGCAGGGAGUGGUGUUUUGUGUUCCCUGGAAGCCAGGUGGCCUAGGCUCUAAGCCCUCCCAGGUUCUGCUGCCCCUGUGGGCAGCCGGCCACACCCCAGACUUCUUUGGCUCUGCCCUGCGAGGAGACCGAGACCUGGAUGGCAAUGGAUACCCUGAUCUGAUUGUGGGGGCCUUUGGUGUGGACAAGGCUGUGGUGUACAGGGGUCGCCCCAUCGUGUCUGCCAGUGCCUCCCUCACCAUCUUCCCCGCCAUGUUCAACCCAGAGGAGCGCAGCUGCAGCUUGGAGGGGAACCCUGUGUCCUGCAUCAACCUUAGUUUCUGCCUCAAUGCUUCUGGAAAACACGUCCCUGACUCCAUCGGCUUCACGGUGGAGCUCCAGCUGGACUGGCAGAAGCAGAAGGGAGGGGUGCGGCGGGCUCUCUUCCUCGCCUCCCGACAGGCAACCCUGACCCAGACCCUGCUCAUCCAGAAUGGGGCUCGGGAGGACUGCAGAGAAAUGAAGAUCUACCUCCGGAAUGAGUCAGAAUUCCGAGACAAACUCUCCCCGAUUCACAUCGCCCUCAACUUCUCCCUGGACCACCAAGCCCCCACGGACAGCCAUGGUCUCCGGCCUGUACUACAUUACCAGAGCAAGAGCCGGAUAGAGGACAAGGCUCAGAUCUUGCUGGACUGUGGAGAGGACAACAUCUGUGUGCCUGACUUGCAGCUGGAAGUGUUUGGGGAGCAGAACCACGUGUACCUGGGUGACAAGAACUCUCCUGAACUUAACUUCCACGCCCAGAACGUGGGUAGGGGGGGCGCCUAUGAGGCUGAGCUGCGGGUCACGGCCCCACCAGAGGCUGAGUACUCAGGACUCGUCAGACACCCAGGGAACUUCUCCAGCCUGAGCUGCGACUACUCUGCUGUGAACCAGAGCCGCCUGCUGGUGUGUGACCUGGGCAAUCCCAUGAAGGCAGGAACCAGUCUCUGGGGUGGCCUUCGGUUCACAGUCCCUCAUCUUCGGGACACUAAGAAGACCAUCCAGUUUGACUUCCAGAUCCUCAGCAAGAAUCUCAACAACUCGCAAAGCGACGUGGUCGCCUUCCGUCUCUCCGUGGAGGCUCAGGCCCAGGUCUCCCUUAACGGUGUCUCCAAGCCCGAGGCAGUGGUCUUCCCGGUGAGCGACUGGCAUCCCCAAGAGCAGCCUCAGGAGGAAGGGGACCUGGGACCUGCGGUCCACCACGUCUAUGAACUCAUCAACCUGGGACCCAGCUCCAUUAGCCAGGGCGUGCUGGAGCGCAGCGGCCCCCAGGCCCUGGAAGGUCAGCGGCUCCUCUAUGUAACAAGGGUUACAGGACUCAGCACUGCACCAGCAGUCAACCCCCCCAACCCACAAGACCUGAAGUUGGAUCCGGAAAGGGGUUCCCAGCACCACCGCUGCAAAGAAGGGAUGCUCCAGGCCGGAGCCCCUGCUUCUGCAGGGCCUCAGGUCCUGAAAUGCCCAGAGGCUGAGUGUUUCCGCUGCGCUGGGUAACUUGGGCCACUGCACCGGCAAGAGAGCCAAAGUCUACAACUGCAUUUCCGAAUCUGGGCCAAGACCUUCCUGCAGCGGGAGCACCAGCCAUUUAGCCUGCAGUGUGAAGCUGUGUAUGAAGCCCUGAAUAUGCCCUACCGCAUCCUGCCUCGGCAGCUGCCCCAAAAGGAACUUCACGUGGCCACAGCCGUGCAGUGGACCAAGGCAGAGGGCAGCCAUGGCGUCCCCCUGUGGAUCAUUAUUCUAGCCAUCCUCAUUGGCCUUCUGCUCCUCGGUCUGCUCAUCUACGUCCUCUACAAGCUCGGAUUCUUCAAACGCUCCCUCCCAUACAGCACCGCCAUGGAAAAAGCUCAACUCAAGCCUCCAGCCACCUCUGAUGCCUGAGUCUUCCCAAUCCCAGACUCCCAAUUCUGAAGGCCCAGACCCUCCCUUCCCCCAAGUCUGCUGACUAGGAGGGGGCUGGGUGCUUCCUGAAGGUGCUGAGGGCCAGGGAGAAUCUCCUCUCCCCAGCCCAGAGACAUACUUGAAGGGCCAGAGCCGGGGGCAAGGAGCUGGGGACCCUCCCCCUCCAUGCACUGUGAAGGACCCUUGUUUACACAUGCCUUCCUCAGAGAUGGGGGACCUCAGAGCCAGGGACAGAGGCCCCAGCCUCCCUGUAGCCUUUGCAUUUUGGAGAAAGAGUCCUCUAAAAACAACUUGGAACCAUUACUGGGAAUCCAAUCCCAGUUCUUUUGGCUAGACAUGCCACUGGGACUUUCUGUCUAGCCCCAACCUGCAAAGAUCUGUUCUCAGCCUUGCAGAGACCCAGAGGAAGCCCCUGCUAAGAACAUGGGACCUGGGAGUGAGAUCUGGCAGCCCGCGGACAACCCUCACCCAGUUGGCCAACAAGGAACACUAAUGUGGAUGGUGCCCCAGGACCAGCUCAGGGCAGAUCCCAAACAAGGAUCGAUGCUGGCCUAGAACCCAGCUCCACAGGGAAUCGGAACUUGGAUAGGGCCACAUCCAGCCGUGGCCUGGGGCUGAUCUGGAACCCAGACUCAGACCAUUGGUAACCCAACCAGGUAGAUCCAUGACUACAUUUGGGCCUGCUCCAGACCUGGGCCUGGAGGCCCAAUCUACUCCUGAUUCAGAAGAAGUCAGGAAUUGCCCAGGACCUUGAAGGAGCCAUGAUGGCAACAGAUAUGGAACCUCAGCCCAGCCAGACACAGGCCCUCCAAGUCCCCUAGAGAAAGGGGAGCCCACUGUCCUGGGCCUGCAGGAUUUGGGUUCUGCCCACCAGCUGCACUGACGCUGAUCUUCCCUUGCCCAACCCUCCCCUCACCUCAGCUCCGGGACACCCGGGACUUAUUUAAACUCUGUUGCAAGUGCAAUAAACCCAGCCCAGAGCCCCCACUGA